AUGUUCUAUCAAGGACGGUAUGAGUUGGGACAGAAUUCAAAAUUGUUUUGUUGUUUUCUUUCUUUUAAGAAAAAACGUGUUAUGUUAAUUACUUGGGAUCCUACCUGCAAUAAUGUGCGCCAGAUUUACACUAGCCGGAUCGUAGUUGUAGAGAGAAACCCUUUUAAAAGCGAUUUUAACAUCUAUCUAUCUAUCUAUCUAUCUAUCUAUCUAUCUAUCUAUCUAUCUAUCUAUCGGUCUAUUCAUUAUCUAUCUCUAAACUACUUACUGACUUUUAAACUUUUAACUUCAGCUCUUAUUUUAAUGUCCGAUGAAAAUCUAUCUAUCUAUCUAUCUAUCUAUCUAUCUAUCUAUCUAUCUAUCUAUCUCAGUCAGUUUUUAUCUGUCUAUCUCAGUCAAAAUAUGAGACUAUUUUUUAAAAUUCUUGACAUUGUCUUUCUUUAUUUAUUUUCUUGA